AACAACAUCCGCCUGAACUCGUCAGCUGAAAAGAUCCUUGACCGGGAGACCCUUGGUCCGAUCCUAAUGGCUGAAUUAUUGUGUCAAGAAGAAGACAUAUUUCAGACUUAUUACAAAAUCCUGGUGGAGAUUCUUAAUGAAAAUGAUAAUUUACCCACGUUUCCAGCAAACAUGGUCCGAACUUUCACUUUGAGCGAGCUGACUCCAGUGAAUACUGUAGCGUUUACUGUCCAGGCCAAAGAUGCAGAUGAUGACACAAUCGUUUAUUCAAUUGACCAGGCAUCGCCUGAUGCAGAAUAUUUCCACAUUGAUCUGCUGAACAGUGGAGAGGUGGUCCUCUCCAAACCUCUGGACUAUGAAACCAAAACUAUGCUCACCAUCACCGUCUACGCUGCAGAAAUGAACACUGCAGAGAACUUCAACACCAGCACCAACAUCACCAUCUCAGUUCUCGAUGGAGAUGACCAGUACCCCGAGUUCCAGCCUUGCCUAUUGCUUCUCCAAAACGAGACCGUUCGGAUCUGCACCAGCCCCGUGUACAUGGUCAAUGUUACAGAGGGGGAAGAGGACGUCGUGUUGGACUUUUCUCCUGGUCCCAUUCACGCAGAGGAUGAAGACAAAGCGCUGAGCUCGUCAGUCAGCUAUUCUAUUCUCUCAGGAAAUGAAGAUGGACGUUUCAGGAUGGACACAAAGACAGGAGAGAUGAAACUAAUUAAACGUGUGACAGACAGACUCAAAACUCCACUGCUGCACCUUCAGGUUAUGGCAUUCCAGGACGAUGACCCCAGGAAGUACUGUGUUGCUAUAGCGCUGGUCCGAGUUCUGGCAGUGAACCGGUUUCCUCCAGAGUUCAACUUAGCUGAAUAUCAUGGCUUUGUGACGGCAGGAAAGAGUCAAGCGUCUCUGGUCCACACGUAUGGCAGCAUAGCUCUAGUGUUAAAUGUUCAGGACCAAGAUUUCAACCAAGGUUUCAAUCCGAUGAUCUACUUCAGCUUUAGUGAUACUUCCAGUCACACAGACAUCUAUGAAGUCACACAGGGGGGGCUUCUGAUCGCCAGAACCGAUCGUCUCAAACCAAAGCAGAAGCACAUUGUGGAGGUAAUUGCUGUGGACCAGGAAUCAGGUGAAACAGCCUUUGCCACCGUAGUGGUGGAGGUGCUACCUGAAGGACAAAUGAUCCCUCAGGGAGAACGCCUAACAGGCUGCACGGUGGGUAAAGCUUUGUUUCUCAGCUUGGCGUUCAUGGCUGUGCUUGGAUGUUUCCUGUUAAUGCUGAUGAAGCUGAGGAAGAGACGCAAAGGAAUGAGGGACCCACUGGAGCGAGGCUGUGUGGCCCAGGGCAAACACCCAAAUGUGAAUUUACAGUGGUUUCAGAUGGUGAGUCACCGUAGUGCUAUGCCAAAGAUGGAGGAGAUCCCCUACAAGAAUGAAGAAUAUGGCACCUGCAAUCUUUCCUUCAGCUUCCCAGACGCAUCAGACAUUUACCCCACACAAAACAUCCCCGUCGGUCAAGAACCCACUCCACAAAGAACAGCUGCUGCUUCUGACGCCAUUUUUGUUCCUGCUGAAAGUGUGUGCAGCCCUGUGAUUCUCAAUAACAAGGCCUCUACACCAACUAAAACCUCCUCUAGCUCACCCUCCUUUCCCCCAGCCAAGGAGGAACUGAGCCCCAUAUCUUUGACUCAAGAUGAUGCGUCACUCAAAGAAAGUCCUGGUUCACCUUGUGAUGUGAUCCCAGACACUUGCGAGAUACAAGCUGACAUCAGCUUUGGUCCUUCAACCAGUGAUACCACUGAACCUGCACCUUUCAGUGACCCAGAUUUGCAAACAAUUAACUUUGAUAAUACCAGUGAACCACUCCCAAGCCACUCGUCUCCAUUUAGCACAAAAUGCAGCCAAAUGGCUUCAGAAGAAACAAACAGACGAGUCCUGAAAGUCUAUGUGAGAACCCCACCAUAUUCACCAUUACUGUCCUCAUCUUUCCCCACAAACACAGGUACACCUCCUGUCACCCCAGACCAAAGCCCUCUAAAAGCCACUUUGGUGCACAUAGAUACAUCUCCCACUGAUACUCCUCCAGAAACACCAGUGCAAAGGGCAGAGACUCCAAACACAGAGGCAAACCAACCCUCCACAUGUCUGGACCAUUCAGAACCAUCAGAGUCUGAAGGCGGGACAGGAGACAAUGACAGUCCACAGGACAGCGGGCCUUUGGCCGACUCAGGAAACAACCAAGACAGCUGUAGAGUGGGAGAGAAGGACGAGUUUCAUGGAGGUGAAGAUGCAGACAAGAACAGUGAGGGCAAUGAGAGCGUGUGGGUAGACGACAGACGGUGGAGUCUGUAAGAUGAAGACGAAGAGCAGACACACCCUCGAGCAAGAACAUAACACUGCCCUGACUCUGCAGACAUGAACGAGGACAGUACGCACACACAAUGCACAUAUGAAGGAUUACACAACAUGAUCAUGUACAUAGGUGUUCAGCAACACUUGUAAUAAUCACAACAAAUAUAUGCAGUAUUACACCAUUUAUUCCACGUUAGACUGGAGAGAAAUGAAAACUGAACGCAGCUGAAAUGUCUUUAUAAGAUAAACUCCUCGAUAACUGAUGUUUGUUUUUUAAGAAUGCAGCAUCACAGUUAUAGCAGCACCAAGUUUACUGAGCUGAUUCAGCAGUUUCUUUUCGUUACUGAUGUCAGAGUUUGUGUUCAACUGAU